AGUCUGCCAGCAGAGAUCACAGGAUCUGCAGCUGGGACAGUGAGACUGUAUUAAGAAAAAGCCAGAUAAAGAUAUUUCUUCUGAGAGAUUUAAUUGUGUGUGUAAGCUUCAUUUUACAAAGUCUCUGUGUACUUCAGUAAAAACGUAAUAUAUAUAUAUAUAUUUGUUAACACAUAAAGGACAUGUUCAGAUGCUGCAUCACCUUGUUUGUUCAGAAGCUGAGUAAACUCAAAGUAACAAAAUAGCUUGUUUGGAACCAAACGCCUGUAUCUAUCAGGAAAGUUCAGCGGUAAUGGUCUGUGGCUACAAGGAAUAAGAGGACAUCAAUUAAGUACUAAUGUGGAAGUCAUACAUUUUUCGUCUUUCUUUGGAGUGCGGUGAUGGGAAUGUGUAAGCUAAGACAGGAGGAAUAAAUACAAGUACACUUUUUUUAUUUGGAGAUGAUUGUGUUAUUUCUCUUGUUCUGUAUGGUGGAUGGAGAGGUCUCCCAGAUACGCUUUUCAGUUCCAGAGGAGCAGGACCAUGGCACGUUUGUGGGUAAUAUUGCUGAGGAUUUGGGAUUGGACAUAACAAAACUUUCAGCGCGCAGAUUUCAGACUGUGCCCAGCUCUAGGACUCCUUACCUCGAAGUGAAUUUGGAAAACGGAGUGCUUUUUGUGAAUGAGAAAAUCGAUAGGGAGGAGAUCUGCAAACAGAGCGUUACAUGCCUUCUGCAUCUAGAGGUGUUUUUAGAGGACCCUUUAGAGCUUUUCCGUGUGGAAAUUGAAAUAGUGGAUAUCAAUGACAACCCCCCAAACUUCCCCGAAACUGAUAUUACCGUAGAAAUUUCGGAAAGCGCCUCUCCUGGAACUCGCUUCCCGCUCGAGAGCGCAUUCGACCCAGAUGUUGGCACCAAUGCACUCCGCACCUAUGAAAUCACCACAAACAGCUAUUUUUACCUUGAUAUACAAACACAAGGUGAUGGGAACAAGUUUGCCGAACUCGUACUGGAAAAGCCGCUGGACCGGGAGCAGCAAUCAGUACACAGGUAUGUAUUAACUGCGGUGGAUGGUGGUCUGCCUCAGAGAACCGGGACAGCGUUGCUUGUCAUUAAAGUGCUAGAUUCCAAUGAUAAUGUUCCGGUGUUUGAUCAGUCUGUGUAUACUGUCAGCUUGCCUGAAAACUCUCCAGUGGGCACGCUGGUCAUUCAAUUAAAUGCUACAGACAUGGACGAGGGACAGAAUGGUGAAAUUCUGUAUUCGUUUAGUAACCACAUAUCCCAGAAAGUAAAGGAUCUGUUUAAUAUUGACGCAAGAACUGGCAGAGUGGAAGUGAGCGGGGAGGUUGACUUCGAGGAUAGCAGCGUGUAUCAAAUCUACAUACAAGCGAAAGAUUUGGGACCUAAUGCUGUGCCAGCUCACUGUAAAGUUGUGGUCAAAGUGAUAGAUGUGAAUGAUAAUGGCCCUGAGAUCAGUUUCAGCACCGUGACCGAAUCAGUGAGUGAAAAGGCUGCCCCGGGAACUGUGGUCGCUUUGCUUAGCGUAACGGAUAAGGACUCCGGGGAAAAUGGACAGAUCCACUGCGAAAUUCUGGGAGACUCGCCUUUCAAGCUCAAAUCUUCUUUUAGCAACUACUAUACCAUUGUUACUGAUGGACAUUUGGACAGGGAAAUCGCUGAUUCCUAUACAAUCACAGUUGUGGCAAAAGACAAGGGAUCCCCUUCCCUAGCUACAAGCAAGUCCAUUAAAGUGCAGGUGUCAGAUGAAAAUGAUAACGCUCCGAGGUUUACGCAGGAAAUCUAUGAUGUAUACGUGACUGAAAAUAAUGUGCCAGGAGCUUAUAUUUAUGCAGUAAGUGCGACCGACCCCGAUAUUGGACAAAAUGCAUAUAUUUCAUACUCCAUAUUGGAGUGCGACAUUCAGGGUAUGUCUGUGUUUACCUAUGUGUCAAUCAACUCCGAAAACGGCUACCUUUAUGCACUGAGAUCGUUUGAUUAUGAAAUAUUAAAAGACUUUAGCUUCAUGGUGCAAGCAAAAGACUCCGGCAACCCUGAAUUAUCUACUAAUGCUACAGUGAACGUUGUCAUAGUGGAUCAAAAUGAUAACGCACCUUCAAUUGUUUCCCCACUUGGUAAAAAUGACACUGCCAAAGAGCAUUUACCCCGUUCUGCAGAACCUGGGUAUUUGGUAACCCGGAUAGUGGCAAUUGAUGCAGAUGAUAGUGAGAAUGCCCGUCUGUCUUACAGUAUAUUAAGAGGUAAUGAGAUGGGAAUGUUUCGAAUGGACUGGAGAACUGGGGAACUCAGGACUGCCAGAAGGGUCCCAAGUAAAAGAGACCCGCAUCGCCCCUACGUCUUGUUGAUUGAGGUAAGGGACCAUGGACAGCCACCUCUAUCAUCCACAGCCAGCAUUCAUAUCAUGAUUGUGGACAGUGUCGUGGAAGGACACAGUGGGGACCGUGGUUCAACUAAAACAAAGGAGACGUCUUUAGACUUGACUCUCAUUCUUAUUAUCGCACUGGGCUCCGUGUCAUUUAUAUUCCUCUUGGCUAUGAUCGUGCUUGCCAUCAGGUGCCAAAAGGACAAGAAACUGAACAUUUAUACAUGCUUGGCCAGUGACUGCUGCCUCUGCUGUAGUUCUUGCUGUAGCAGGCAAGCAAGAGCCAGGAAGAAAAAGCUUAGCAAGUCUGAUAUUAUGCUGGUGCAGAGCUCAAAUGUGACCAACACGACACAGGUCCCCGUGGAAGAAUCCGGGAGCUUCGGUUCCCAUCAUCAAAACCAGAAUUAUUGCUACCAGGUUUGUCUAACCCCGGAAUCUGCCAAAACCGAUCUGAUGUUCCUAAAGCCCUGUAGCCCUGCCAGGAGCACAGACACAGACCAUAAUCCCUGUGGAGCCAUAGUGACAAGUUAUACAGACCAGCAGCCUGACAUCAUCUCUAACGGCAGCAUAUUAUCAAACGAGACAAAACACCAGAGAACUGAACUCAGUUAUCUUGCAGACAGACCGCGGCGUGUAAACAGUUCUGCUUUCCAGGAAGCAGACAUAGUAAGCUCCAAAGACAGUGGACACGGGGAUAGCGAGCAAGGAGACAGCGAUCACGAUGCCACCAAUCGAGGUCAUUCCUCUGGCGCUGAUCUCUUUUCCAAUUGCACAGAAGAGUGCAAAGCCCUAGGGCACUCAGAUCGAUGCUGGAUGCCCUCUUUUGUGCCAUCAGAUGGCCGCCAGGCUGCAGAUUAUCGCAGCAAUCUUCAUGUCCCAGGAAUGGACUCUGUCCCAGACACUGAGGUAUUUGAAACUCAAGAGCAAACUGGGGAGAGAUCUUUCUCCACCUUUGGCAAAGAGAAGUCACAUCACGGCACCCUAGAGAGGAAAGAGUUUGAUGCACUUCUGUCUAGCACACGCGCGCCUUACAAACCACCUUAUUUGUCGCGGAAAAGGAUUUGUUAGUCCAUAUUGUGUGGACAUACCUGAGACGGCAUGAAUUUGCACAAUUAGUAGACAGACAAAAGCAUCAAGUUUUCAACUUCAUUAUCUUGACCAUCCAGUUGUUCGAAACACUUGGCUUGUCCUGCCUUUGAGGGGACAGGAGAAGAAAAUGAGUGAUGGCCAGCACUAGGACCUUAUUGCUCUCAGCAGGCCUGAGAAAUGAGUUGAAACGUGUGGAACUAUUAACGAAACUAGAGGUGACAGAGCUUACCUCUCAGAUCUGUGUGUGCCUGUUUACAGCACUAUGUAUAUCUUAUCAUGUCACCGAGCCCUUUAGAUGUUUAUAUUCACACCAAGAAGCCAAUUGUACAGAUAAACGAAAAAUGUGUGCAUUUUAAAUGCAAUAUCACUGUUUUAGACUUGACUGUUUUCUAUUACUUUUGUGUGGUCAGGUGUUCCCAAACUUAUUCCAACUUUACAUGGAAGAUUGUGAUCAUGUUCUUUUCACCGAUUGGUCAGAACAGACCUACAACUUAAUCAAAGACAUUCAGUAGUUUAUAUCAUGUGUGCAAAGUGUUUACUAUACUAUUUCAAAGCUUCUAAAUAAAUAUAAAUACAUAUAUAUAUCUAAAUAUAUAUAUAUAUAUACUUUUCUGAAAGUGUGGUAUCUGUUGGUCAGUUUCUUAUAUGCCAUAGAAUUUCGUAAACUGACAUGUACUACUUUAGAAGACUGUAUUACAGAAGGUAUUCAUGUUGGAUCAGCCUUACUCUCACUUCCACCAAACUGUUAUUUUCACUUUUGGAAAUUCAUGUCAAUAAAUAAAAAUGAUUUAGAUUUA